AUGCAGCAUGCAGAGCUCCAGCAGGACGACGGGAGUCCAGCUGAGAAGCAUUGGAGGAGGAUCAUCAUGUCUGUGCAGCUGCAGUUUAACGUCUGCAGGACCAGAGAGCUGAGAGAGCUGCUGGAGGACGAAGGCAAAAUAAAACGCAUCGUCAGGUGCAGUGAGAAGGUUCAGCGGCUACGGCAGGCUGCAGAGAAAACACUGGUUUCAAAUCAAAAACUGGCAAAAGCGAGUCUUUCUCAAAAACCAAAGUUGAGAGAUGCAAAGUUACUGCUUGCGAUGAAGUACAGGGAGCUGGAAAAACUGAGGAGCAUCAUUCAGGCCAAACAAGAACAACUUGCAGAAAAAUACAGCAUUCAUUACGCUCGGUGGUGCCUUCAGGAAAACAUUAACCAUGCAGACGAAGAAUUUGAGCUGCUGGUUCAGAGGUUUGCAGAAGGAAAAGCAGCUCUGACUGACUUCCUGGACUCGUCUCUGAGCUCUCGGAUGCUUCACCACAUCAGGCUGGCGCUGCUGAAGAAGCUCCAGGAGAUGGUCAGACACGAGGAGAAAACAGCUCAGAGACUGGAUGUGGCUCGUUGUCUGUCUGAACAGAUCCACUCCGUCUACAGUCUGACCACAGCUGUCGUCUUACCAACCUGCUGCCAUCCUCCCUUCCUGCUGCCGCUCGGUGCCCAUGUGGCCCAGUGUUUUCAGCGCUCAACGUUCAGAUCUGAAGACGACGAGUUCCUGCUUUCAGGAGCCAACAGACGAGGCCUCAGGUGGCCGACGAGACCCGCCAGACUUCAGCCUCUGAAGAUGCAGCAGAGGAGAAAUCAACAAGCACCACAGUGAAAUUGAUUUCUUCUCUGUUUAUUUAUUCAUUGUUGUCUUAUUCUUUGUGUUAGAACAUCAUUAAUGAACCCUGAGAGUCAGAGAAAAGCUCAGUGAAUGUAAAGAUGCUUAGAACAGAUGGUUUAGAGUUAAGACACGCUACAUGCCAGGCAGCAUCUAGAGCUUUUCGGAUUUAAUUUUACUUUCUAUCAGAGGCCUUUGAUGAGUCAGGUGAUAAAGAAAAAAAAAACUGAGCUCAGUGGAGCAUCCUUAAUCGUUCCACUUGAAAUUCUCUACAUUUACACUCAGGAAGAAGAAGAUAAUUGUGAUAUCUUGCAGCUCAGACGCGAGAACAGACUGGACUGUUCAGCAGUUAAAUAUUUGAUUUGAUCCAUAUUUACAAAAAUUCUGCAGGUAAAUACAAUUUUGUUCAAUUCUUGCCCAGUAUUCGAACUUAUUUUGCUUGAAGAAUCCUCUCAGGUUGGGAAACCUGUCUUGAGGGGAUCUUUGAACAUUCAGUUUCUCCUUUUUAAACUGAACAGAAAUCCUGAUGUGCUCAGAUUAUUGCUGUUUCGCUCUAUCACGGUUGUAUGGUGUUUAUCUGUAGUUCAAACCAUUCAGGACCAAGUGUGUGGAAUAAUACUGACAAUUUCUCUUCUUGGGUUUGUAGAUUUUCUAUGUUUACCAGAAAGCUUUCCAACAUCCCGAAGACAAAAACACUAUUAUACCUGAAAUAGAUACCUGAAAUGCAUUUUGAAUUAUGUCAUUUGGAAGUACAGAGCAUCAUGAUUCAAACAGUGUGAACUAUUUUAAGAUAUAAACACUACUGCAAACAUGCAAAACAGCA